UUAUUCUUGCUGGGUUCGUAGAGGCAUAUAUACCUCCAGACUGUGUGAGUUAGGGUGCAGGAGGGAGGGCAGAGAGGUCAAAUCCGUAGUGACGUAGGCUGUGCCGGUAAGUUAAUGACUGACAAACAAAAUCCGGCAGACUUUGCCAGGUCUGACCUAAUGAGAAUCAUUAAAAUACAGUGUAUGAAGAAUAUCAAAGCAGUUGGUUACUCACUUGCGGACAGUAUGGCAUUCUGUCACCGAACGAGUUUUCCUUGGCAUUAACAAAUAUAAUUUGUAACGCAGCCAAGUGUUAAACAUGAAUAAUUACAACCAAACUCGACAUGGGCGUCCGUCUUGCAUUAAGAUAAAGUGACCACGACAACGCAGCUCAAGAAAGACUGAAGAGGGAUUUAUUUCAGCCCCGAUGCCUUCCCUUGAAAAGGAAACUUCGGUCAGUCCGGAGAAGAUAUGUUGCAAGAACACUAAAAUUUGGCUCAUUAGACUGAUGUUGCUAGGAAUAACCUUGGUCUCCUACCAGUUCUUCUCCAUCCUGCAAAGUUUGGAAGAUUCCAGCACAUCCCCAUCUAUCUACGGAACGGCAUGUAACAGCUUCAGGUUAUGGGACAGCCUGAGAUUAAAUGUGAGCAGAAACACGCAUCUCUUUCUGAGGCUGAAGCAAUUCUUCUGGACAGACGGUUCACCCAGUUUACCGCUGCCUUACGGCAUUAAUGGCAGUGAGGACAUCUUGAGGGACAUUUUUUCAGUCCUGCCCUAUGAUGACAUUCCUGAACAUCUGGAGAGCUCAAAGUGCAGAACCUGUGUGGUCAUUGGAAAUGGGUUCAUCAUCAAGAACACGUCCCUGGGGAACACCAUCAACCAGUACGAUGUGGUCAUCAGGAUCAACGACGGUCCCGUGAGGGGCUUCGAGAAGGAUGUAGGCAACAAGACCACCAUGCGCUUCUUCUACCCCGAGUCGGCCGUCUCCGAUCCCAAUGUCCACAAUGAGCCGGACACCCUCAUGGUGCUUGUACCCUUCAAGCUAGUAGACCUGAUCUGGCUUAGGGACAUUCUGUACAAUAAGAAGAGGAUAAAACCUGUCUGCCCAACCUCUGGGAUGCUGGCUGUCUACGUGGCUUUGAACUUCUGCAGUGUGGUGCACCUAGCGGGAUUUGGCUACCCCAGCGACAAGAACGACUUGAUUCAUUACUUUGGGAGAGACACGAUGGACUUCAUGAUUUUCCAGAACUCUGAGCACAACAUCACCCAUGAAGCACAGGUUCUGAAGAGGCUGGAGGACCAUGGGGUUAUUCAGUUCCUUCACCCGCACUAAUGACAGGCACCCGGUCCUCUGGCAUCUGGGCUGUUACUGGAAGUGGGGGACCGCCUGGAUGUCAGCCAAUCAACGGACUCUGGUCAUGCGACUGUUUGGCUUGUGGCAGAGACUUUUACUGCCCCGUUCAUCUAUUCCCUCUGCACCUGUGAGUUUCACAUUCAUGGAGUAUGAGAGGGCGCCACCGAGUGGCUCAUGUUACCAGCUCAUCCAUUUCCUCUCAGCAGCAAUGACUAUGAGACGGGUUCUUUUCAGACGCUGCACACAGACCAUAAUCCCUGAUUUCACAGCCUGCCAUUGACCCUCCUAAGAGCCGAUGUACUGUUUUGAUUUGAUUUUCGGAUCCUGGUUACAGAAUAGCUUUAUUUUAUGUCUCUCCCUGUUGUUUUGUGAAAAUCGUCUCCAAAACUGCACAUGAAUAAAAUGCAAUUUCCACGA